AGGCAAAGAAUUGCUCGCAUUUGGAAGAAGUCGCCGUUUUACGAUGACCAGGCGCGAAGAAACAAGUUGAAACGACGACGGCGGCAUUCCAUUAGGGGUAAUUGAUUUUUCAUCGUCGUUAAUCAAUUGUGUUUAUUAUUUUUCGACAAUUUGUCGCGGUCGCGUGAUGCAGUGGCCAGAACAUUAGAAUCAAAGUUAAACGGGGAGUCGAGUGGUGAUGGGCGCCAAAGAGAGCAGUCUGCUGUCGGCGGAACAGCUGGAGGAUUACGCCGAGCUAACGUACCUCACCAAGUGGGAGAUUCUGUUGAUUAUGGACAAGUUUUUGCCGCUCGAGCCGGAUGAGAUAAGGAAGGAUCUGCACCGGAGGAUACCAAACAGGAAGAUUAUGGAGGCGUUUCCGCAGUUGAAGUUCAACCCGUUCCGGGACCGCAUCUUCGAGGUGUUUUCCUCCGGUGGCGACACGCGCUGCUCCUUCGAGGACGUGCUCGAUCUGUUCAGCGUCAUGUCCGACCGGUGCCCGCACCGGGUGAAGGCUGCCUGGGCCUUCCGGGUAUUUGACGUGGACAACGACCGCCAGAUCAGCGCCGACGACAUCGUGGCGCUGUGUGACCGUCUCGUCGGAACCGAUCCCGGCCUGCACCGCGACGAAAAGGCCUGCAUCGCCGAGGUGAUUCUAGAAGAAAUGGACCUGCAGAAAAACGGCAGUUUGGGCGAAUUUGACUUCAUUCACGCGAUCGCCAAGGUGCCGGAAUUUUAUCACUCCUUCUCUUUUCGACCGUAGCUUUUCACGUUGUUUCAUUGAUAAUUUAAUCUAAUAAACUAGGGAAUUCUUUCUAACCA